GUUUGGCUGCGAUCAAGCAUUCUUUGAUACCUUGCUUGACGCAGCGGGUUCAUACAAGAUUAUUCUAAAGAGGUUUAGUAGAAGCUUGUUGUUUAAAAAUUUAGAAAAGUUACAUUCAGAGUGUGUCCUUACAAGUUAUAAACACAACAUCAUUGUGUGUGGGUAAUUUUUUAAUUGCGAAUAUGGCUAAUCAACAACCUGCAACAACGAAGACCAUGACUGGCGACCAGAUUCCAGGCUCAACAGGGACAGGACUGACAUUUUUGCAACUUGCGCCGACGUCCAAUAUGGCUCAACAGUUUGCUCCGACUACACCGAGCUACCAACAAAUUCCACAGUUACAACUUGUUCAAGGCCAACAAAUGCUGCCCUACCCAACUUUAUAUCUGCAGCAGAGUGGUGCUAACAUGGGGCAGCAGAUCCAGCAGUUUCAUCUCAUACAGCAUCCGACCACUGGUCAGGGUAGUCACCAGUUGAUGCAACUUUUGCAGACGCCACAAUCCACCAACCAUCAGUUUGCAGCCGGUCAGUUAUCGCAGCAGCUACAACUGGUUCAACAGCCUCAGUUAAUUCUUGUGCCACAAAAUCAGUUCGUUGGUAGCACUCCUCAGACUCCUCAGGUCUUGUGUGGUGCCCCAGGUUCAUCAAUGCUUCCGACACUAUUACUUAUGCACCCCAACUCGGUGAAACAACAACUGCCUGUCAACACUAAGAAUACAAAUAUAAACUCCGAAGAUAAAGGAACCAAAGACAACCAAGAAAACCAAAGCGAGAACCCAUGUGCAAUAACCCUACCAACAUCCGAUUCUGUAAGGGAUUUCGCCGCGGCAGCUGUUGCGUCAACUCCACUUGAGGAAACUACAAAAUUAAUGAAAACGAUAUCACUGGAUAACAGUUACAGUUACCUGAAUUACAAUCCUGAUAUGGAAGCCGUCCUUGAGAAUACAUUAUUCGUUAGCUGUGGUACUGAAUCAGACGCUGCUGGGCGAUCGACUUCUUCUGGCAUUCGACCAUCUUCCCCGAUGUUACCUUGUUCAAAUUAUGGAUGUAAGAUUCGCCAGUUGAAUCACAAUUGUAAAAGGAACCGACUAGAGCCUGGGCCCGUUUCUGAAGAUGAGCAAGCGUUAUCUGACGAUUCUAGUACGACAUUUACACAUGACCAACAUCUUCAUGGUGUCUGGAUGAGUUACGAUGACGACAGAAUGUUCCGUUAUAAACCAAUCACUGCUGAUCGGAGCUCGGAUGAAACGGCCACUAGUAUUGGGUCUGAAGAUGAGAUAGACUCAUCCCACACCGCAAUCCAAGAUGAUGAAGCGCGAUAUAACAGUUUAGCACAAACGGACGAAGCAGGAAGUCAGAACGAUGCAGAAAUUAGCACCGAAGUGGAGAAUUCCUGUGAAACCCAGUACCAAGAGCGGCCUGUCUUGGACAGCAUUGACGUUAUCAGCCCGUAUCCCAAUACAAAAUCCUCAUUUGGGGCUGGUAGCAACAGUAGCGAAGGACAGAAAGAUUCAGCAUUUGAAACCAGUGAUUCUAAUAGUGAAAAAAGUUCCCACAACGGAAACCAAAUAUCCUUGGAAGCAGGACCUCCACAUGGAAAUUACCAGAGUUCUCAGCAGACAACCGGUGGAUCUUCAAAGUGUAAUCCUAAAAAAGGACCCAAGGCGUCAAGCAAGCAGACAGUGAUACCAAAAAACAAACUUAACCCAUCUUCCCUUCAAGUUCCCAGAGAUUCGAAACGGAAGUCCGUGUCACCAACUCCAGUAAGCAAGUUUCACCAGCAAACUAUAAACCAAAGAAAAACCAUUUCCCCGGCAACAAGAAACUUCAAAGCUUCUGGCAGGCCAUGUGGACUCAAGGCAGGCAUCAAAGUUACCCUUCCACUUCGUAAAGCAGGAACAAAAACGACCGAAUCGACAAAACCAAUCAGUAAAUUUGGAGGAUGCAGAGUUCCCACAUCAAACGACUGUCGUUCAUCUGGAAGGGGCGAUGCUUAUCAACUUAAACUGUCAAAACGAGGGGAAGAGGAUCGUCCCCGACAAAUAUAGAACAUCGAUCCAAAAAUCAAUUUAAAAGUUAAAUGUGAAGAUAAUUGCAUUUAAACCAUCGAAUAAUAUUUAUUAUAGUAUACUGUAUAUUAUAUAAAAGAAAACAUUAGAAUUUGUCGUCUUGUGAAAAUUGUCUUUGUCUUUGGUGGUGCAUCCUAUUUAAGAAAUGUAUGCUGUAACACAACGUACUUAUGUAGUAAAAUAUAACUUGAAUUUGCCGUUCUAAGAGAAAAUAAGAGAAAAUGUAUUUGCCGUUCCAAGAGGAAAAUGUAAUUGUUUUGAUGCAUAUGUGAGAUUACAUACCGUAAGUAUAGAUUAUAUAGUACUCUAGGGUUGUUUAUAUAUAAUAAAAUAGACGUAAGCGGAUGAGAAAUAUUUAUUAAUAUUAUACAAGAAAUACGAGAACAAAGCUGAAUAGUCAAUAAAUGCCCGAUUGCUGUCUGAACACUGUUAUAUAGGCCUAUUUUGUAUGGCUCAUUCCUAAGCCUUAUAUCUCCAAACAACAUAUAUAAUGAGCAAUUAAUGUGAAAACAAGGUUCUAGAAGCACAUUAUAAUGAUUGAGCGAUGUUCAAUGCUAAUUCAAAUGCUUUGAAGCUGUUAAAUAACUACGGUACAUAUUGUGAUAUCUAUAAAAAAAAAUUAGAAAAAAAUGAAAAGCAAAUAUAUAUCUAUAUACUUAUAUAUAUAUAAUGUAUAUUAAUGUGGUGUGUUUGUAAAGUUAUAUGCUAUCCUGUAAUCUAGAAAUUGAAUUUAGACAUUGUGUAAAUAUUCUGUUGGAUUCAUAUUAGAAUGCGGCCUAGAUUGAAAUAAACUGCAACAUCAACAU